CUGGGGUGAUUGGCUGGGCUCCGGGGCCGUCAGGCGCCGGGGUAUCCCAGUCCGAGGCCAUGUGGGCGAGGCUGGCGGGGGUUGCCGAUCCGUGGAUGCUCCUUGGUGGCUCGAGAGUCUGCUGGUCGCUCGCCGCGCUAGCGCCCGGGGGCUGCCGCAUGGAAGAGCCCGGCCCGGGGAGCAGCGGGGUGGGGGACGCGCCCCCCCCGGCCAAGAGGCGGCGGCUGCUGGCCGGGGAGGAGAAGCGGCCGGGCCGCGGCGAGCGCUACGUGCCGCCCCCGAGGAAGCGCAACCUCGGUGUGAGCUUCAGCGAGACGCACUUCGCCGAGACCCGCUACUACUUCGAGGGCGGCCUGCGCAAGGUGCGGCCCUACCACUUCGACUUCCAGACCUACUGCAAGGGCCGCUGGGUGGGCAAGAGCCUGCUGCACGUCUUCAGCACCGAGUUCCGCGCCCAGCCCAUCGACUACUACCGGGCCGCGGCCAGCGCCGGCCGCCUGCGCCUCAACGAGCAGCCCGUGCGGGACCUCGGCAUCGUGCUCAAGAAUAAUGAUUUUCUGAGGAAUACGGUGCAUCGCCAUGAGCCUCCAGUCACUGCUCAGCCUAUCCAGAUCUUGGUAGAGAAUGACGAGGUGGUUGUCGUGGACAAACCCUCGUCUUUACCUGUACACCCAUGCGGCAGAUUUCGACACAACACAGUCAUCUUCAUCUUAGGCAAAGAGCAUAACCUAAAGGAGUUGCACACUAUUCACCGGCUUGAUCGCAUGACAUCUGGUGUGCUCAUAUUUGCCAAGACUGCAGAAGUGUCUAAAAGGAUUGAUGAGCAAGUUCGGCAGAGACAGCUGGAAAAGGAGUAUGUCUGCCGCGUGCUUGGGGAGUUUCCAGAAAAUGAAGUGACCUGUGAGGAACCCAUCCUGGUUGUUUCUUACAAAGUGGGCGUGUGUCGUGUGGACCCCAAAGGCAAAUCCUGUAAAACUGUCUUCCAAAGGCUUAGUUACAAUGGCAAGACCAGUGUGGUCAAGUGUUUUCCAUUCACGGGUCGCACCCACCAGAUCCGGGUCCAUUUGCAAUUCCUGGGAUAUCCUAUUGUCAAUGACCCCAUCUACAAUAUGGAAGCCUGGGGUCCUACUAAGGGUAAGGGUGGUGAGAUUAAUAAAACAGAUGAGGAGCUUCUCAGGGCUUUAGUGGAAGAACAUUGUUCCAAACAGAGUUUGAGCAUCCUGGACAUUUCAGAGGAGGACCUGAAGCCCAUUGUGGGAAGUGAAGAAUGUGACCGUUCAGAUUACUGUACUAAGACAGUUGAGAUUACACCUAUAAGUGCAGACUCCUGCAGAACUGAGGACUCUAAGGAUCAGAAAGAAGCUGAAAUACUGGCUUGUUUGCCAAAUUAUGAUACCAGACCAGAAACACAUGAAGCAAACCCUGAAGGCACUAGUUCAAGUGGGAAUCAGGAUGGACUAAACCCUGAAGGAGCUAGUUCAAGUGGGAAUCAGGAUGGACAAACAGAAGAAAAGGACCCUCUGUGUGAGGAGUGUAAAAUAGUAAGGCAGGACCCAUCUCCUAGGGAGCUGGUGAUGUACCUGCAUGCCUUACGCUACAAGGGAGCAGAGUUUGAAUACAAUUCCAAGAUGCCAGACUGGGCUCUAGAGGACUGGGAUGAAAGCUAAGAAUAGAUACUGAGACUUUUGUGUUUCAUUUUAGUUGUGUUGGAAGGAAAGUAUUUGCUAAAAUCCUGAACUUGUGUGUGGUAAAAAUACCUCAUUGGAGCUAUUGCGAUCUUCCAUCAUUAUUUAUUGUGUAGUGCCUGGAUUUGUUUGUGAAUUUUGAGGCAGUGGGAGGAGUUCUUCCUGAUCAGUCUUGAGAACUCUUUCCUAACAAUGAACCUGCUGACACCUACUGAAGGGAGAGAUGGUUAAUCCAGACACCUUAACUAUGUUUUCCUUUAAGAUAGUAACAGUAAUGGGUAAAAAUAUUACUCAAAGGUGGGAAGCUUGGAACAAUUGCUUUCUCUUCUCACCACGCGGUGUUCGGGGUGCAUCCUUGUUUGCAAAUUGAAUGGAGUUGCUUACUAAAUGCAUACAACUAAGACAAUCAGCAUCUUGGCUCUUUUCCUGUAUGUCAGUUAUCUAACUCGUCUUUCUGGGUAAGAGUUGGUGAGAUGUUCGUCAAUCUAAAAUACUUCAGGUGUCACACCCAGAUCAGUUUCAGUUAUGUUCUUAGUUUUGUUCAUACCAAGGCACUGUGCAGGCUGGUUCUUUUCCUGCCAGGUUAAUCUUCAUUCAUUUUAUCUGGAGUUCUGUUGCAUUGUGCAGUUCUUGUCAAUAAGACAUUUCCAUCCUCUUUGUGUUUCCAGCUUCCUUUUUUUUUUUUUGGUUCCAAGAUGGAGCACAGUCUGUCCUUAAAUCAGCUUUGCAAAAUUCCUUGGACAAGCAUACUGCUCCAGCUAAAAAUUCAGUAGCCCAAAGAAAUGGUCUAAUUUGCUGUUAGAGUCCAUAUCUGUAGGUACUCCCAUCCAAAACAGUCUCUACAUACUUUAACCGGUCUCUUGUUUUCUACCUCCUCCCAUAUAGUUUCUCUCCUUAUUUCUUAACCCCCAUCACGCUCUAUACUGUACAUCUUGUACUGUGCAUAUCUUUUCUAACAUAUCUUAACCACUCCCUUCCAUGUACCCACACAUAGGGCUUAGAAAGCUUAACAAUACAUAAUAGCCAGAAAGCUAAGUCUGAUAUGGAAGAUGGCAGGGACUUGCUGUUUCAAGGAUGGCUCUACUCCACCCUCUUUUGGCUUUUUGGUUGUUCUAAGCAGGGAUGUUUCUACUAUCCUAGCCUUCAUUUUGCAGCUCCCAGCCUCAGUAGGAGGUGCUUCAGUACCAGCCUGUGCUGUUGCUCAGAGACUUUGUGAGUUGCUGCAGAAUGAAACACCUGAUUGCAGUAGAGAUACCAACAAGAUAUAGGGUUCUGAAUAGUAAAAGUAAAACUGAAAAUACCUAGGUUAGUUUUCACUUUGCUGCAGCUUGUUCUGAAAGUUCUAACCCACAGCUGAGGUAUUUCAAGAAUUAGAGCACGCCAUCUGUUUGUGUGUGUGAAGACUUUAGGAUGUAAAAAAAUGUUAACCUUGUGUGGCUUUUUUUUUUUUUUUUUAAGGGCGGGACAGUGAUGUUCUCACCGGGACAUUUCCUAUUUUCCAUGGCAAAGUGGAUUUUUCCAUCCCAACCUUAAAUAAUAAUGCUUAUGUUGGUAGAUGCGUGCUAGCUCCUUUGUACUUGCCCUGCAGUGGACAGUAAACCCAAACCUGUAGAACCCAGUGCAUUGCUGGUAAUUUUUUUGUCUGAUGUUAGGAAGUCUAGAAUGUUAUUGGCUUAUUCCAAGGAUGCCAAGAGUGCAUCUAGACUAGAAAAAAGAGUGUGGGGAUCUUGGCCAAACAAAAAUCCUCUCUCAUUACCCAGUGCUUUGUUUGAUCAACAUGCAUAGUCCUUUGAUUAUUACAGCAGCACUUAGAGGCCUUGACCAGAGCCUUAUGUGGUAUGCAUUGCCCACACAUAAUAAGAUAGCCCCUGCCCUGAUAAGGCUUACAGACUAACUGUGAACAUUCACAUCUAAUCUUCUAUUUGCCCAAACUGGAGCCAUAUCUUCAAAGAGGGUUUCUUCAGUAUUCAUAAUCUUGACCGUGUGAAAUACAAAGGUGACAAAGUAAGAAAUGGCACAACUGCUACUUUACCUAAUAAUUUACGCGUGUUAAUGCUAAGUGCUUUCUUUAUAAUUCUGUGGCUAUAGUGUAGGAGGGAAGUACAGAGGCUCCAUGAUUUACCAACUAGUAUGUCACAUUGCCCCAUUCUGCAAAAUGAAAGAUCAUUAGCAUAACAAGAGAGGAGAAGGGUUUUUUUAACUCUGGUUUAUCUUUGCUGACUGAGAUGUUGAAGAAUGUGUUGAAUUUAUCAUUCUGCCGCUUGAAUAAAUACAUCCAACAGAGGUGGUCCUCUAGCAACACCAGGAAAGACCAGAGUUGCUGAGAGUGAUGCACAUACGAAAAAAACCAGCCACCCUACAGCAUUUUAAAUAAAUAAAUAUAUAACUAUAUACACACUUUUUAAAAAUCCUUGGUGGAUCAUUGCAUAAAGCUGAUGGCAAAGAACAAAGUGCUAUUUUAUAAAUCUGGGCAAACCCUUCCAUCCAACCUUUGAUGAAACUAAUUUUGAGCCUGAAAGCUCCAGCUGGAGCUCUUGGGGUUUCCAUACUUCCUGAUGAGGGAAUGGCAGCCUUGCCUCAAGCUGUUGCUCUCAGGAUCUGAACUCCCAGUACCUUAGGGAGCGUGGAAGUUCAGAGAUCCCCAUCUCCAGUUGGGGCUUCCAGGCUGUCUGCCACUGAGCCAGACUCCCCAGUCAACUUGCACCCCGGAUGCCUAUGCUCUUAUUAGCUUGGGGAGCCAGCUGAUGUGGGAAUUUGGUAGCCCUAGGUUUGCCAUCCAUGUGGCCAGGCUGCCAUGGAGCUAGUGGACCAUGGAAUCCCUGGUAGCUGCUGUUCAAGACUGAAUGGUAGCCUUGAAAAUGACCCUUUGAUAUCUGCUAUUCAGUGGCGGGAAGUAGUGAAAGUGACAUGAAUUAUAUCAGUUUCACCAAGCAGUUACCUGGGAGCUAUUUCCACAGGUGCUGGAACUAAGUGAUACCGCACCGCCAACCUUGAAAUGGUUUCUGUUAUAUACAGGGUUUACAGUUCAGUUUAAUGGCUCUCAGCACCCGCCCUAUACAAAUUGUUCUGGCACCCCCUGCAUAUUUCAUUUUGAAAACACUGUUUCGGUGUUUCGGAAACAUGAUUUUUCAGAAUCUCCAGUUCAGGGGAAAUUUUGAAUGUUGAAAUUUCCUAUGACCUGGAAAUUCCAAAUUUCAGCCAACCAUAGUCCCAAAUUUAAUUCUGCUGUCUCCUCUAUUUCUUCUGUAAGAGGAUCACCACAGGAAGCAAAUCCCUUAUAAUGCUAAAGUGUGGAGGUAAUUUAUGUUCCUGUGUGGUGAACGGCCUAUUGUGGAAAAUGUUGGGGAAGGAGUAAGUACAAAUAAUGUUUUGAGUGCUGUGUCUUAGCUUCAUUUUUUUUCUGGCCAUGCUUAAGUUACUUUUAAGGCCUUAAUGCACCACCAUAUUAUCUAAUGUAUCCUGUUGCUGAUAGAGAAACUGACUCUGAUUACUGGCCACAAAACAACUUGAACUGUGGGAGGUUAAGGUUUAUUAUUCAAGCAUCCUCUCUGUGAGCGUCGCAAUUCAUUGUUUUAUUUGAGUUAAAAGCUGCUGUCUACGUUACUGUGUGUGUGCAUGCGUGCAUUGUAAUUUGUAUGCAGAUAGAUUGGACUCUGCACAAAUCUGGCUGUUUCCUUUUUAUGAAGAUAAGUGAACAUAGCAAAGGCAAUUAAAGGUGGUGUAAUUAAAGAUGUCAACAUGUUUACCAUAAACCCUGCUCUAUAACUGGUUCAAAGUGUGUGUGUGGAGGGGGUGGGAAUUCUCAGCUAAAACCAUGGGGUAGGGGACCUUGGUGACUGAGUGAUUCUGUGCGUGUUUUGUGUAGGUGGAUAUGAUGCUUGGGGAAAGUGAAGAAUGUUGAGAUUGAAGUUCUCUCUCUCUUCUCCCCCCCCCCCCCCCAACAGGUACAGCAAUGA